AUGAAGUCUAUUGCUCUAAGUCUUUGUGCUCUGGGGGCUUCGGCCAAAGUCAUCACGGAUGAUAGCAUUUUCUAUGGCCAGAGCCCACCGGUAUACCCAUCACCAAACAUCACCGGAACUGGAGACUGGGCGGAGUCUUAUACUAAGGCGAAGGCACUGGUUGCUCAAUUGACCCUCGAGGAAAAGUCCAACCUUACAUUUGGUGCCUCAACUACAGAGAAUGGCUGCGCAGGAUGGAUUCAAGCUAUCCCGCGCCUUGGGUUCCCGGGUCUUUGCCUCGUUGAUGCCGGCAACGGCGUUCGAACCACUGAUCUCGUCAAUGGAUAUGCGGCUGGGCUAAGUGUUGGUGCAAGCUGGAACCGGGAACUUACUACCCAACGAGGCCAUUACAUGGCAGGAGAGUUCAGAGCCAAAGGCGCCAACGUUGCCCUUGGUCCAGGUGAAUAUCCCCAAUCAGACACCAGAUUGUAUAUUUACUUACAUUUUACGAUAGUUGUUGGACCUCUUGGUCGUAUUGCCCGUGGUGGACGUAACUGGGAAGGUUUCUCUCAUGACCCAUAUCUGUCCGGCUUGCUCGCCGCAGACACUAUCAAGGGACACCACCAACGUGGUAUAAUCACGAGUUUGAAGCAUUUCAUCGUGAACGAACAAGAAACCAACCGAAAUCCGUUUGCUAAUACGACACCUCAAGUUGAGGCGGUGUCAUCAAAUGUGGACGAUAAGACAAUGCAUGAGCUUUACCUUUGGCCUUUCCAAGAUGCUCUCAAGGCCGGAUCUGCCAACAUUAUGUGCAGUUAUCAGAGGAUCAACAACUCUUAUGGAUGCGCAAACAGCAAAACAUUGAACGGUUUGCUAAAGACCGAGCUGGGUUUCCAGGGCUUUGUCGUUACUGACUGGAGGGCUCAACACUCUGGAGUCGCAAGUGCACUAGCCGGCCUUGAUAUGACAAUGCCAGAUUCUGGUUACUGGGGCAAGAACUUGACCACGGCCAUUCAAAAUGGCACUGUCCCAGAGUCUCGUUUAGAUGACAUGGCCACUAGAAUUCUCGCGGCUUGGUAUCUCCUGGGCCAAGACGAAGGCUUCCCCAAGCCAGGUGUUGGAAUGCCCUAUGCAAUUACGGAGCCCCACACGAGAGUCGACGCCAGAGACCCCGCAGCCCGGCCUAUACUGUUCCAAGGUGCAGUAGAAGGCCAUGUGUUAGUCAAAAACAAUCGAGCCCUGCCUUUGAGAGACCCGCAGGUUAUAUCGGUGUUCGGAUACUCAGCGCCAGGCUACAAACAAUCAGUUGUCGGAGAUGGAACUUACUCGGCAUGGAAGCUCGGUGCGCAAAGCACAAACCCAGAGCAGCAGGUUGCUUCAAAGGUAUACAAUUCCACAGUUUUCAUCGAGACAAUCGCUAUCAACGGUACCAUCAUCAUGGGCGGCGGCUCCGGUGCGACAACCCCCGGAUAUGUCUCGAGUCCCUUUGAUGCGCUAAACCAGCGUGCCAUGAAAGAUAACACGGAUCUUUUCUGGGACUUUGUCGAUCCAGCGCCCCAGGUGCCUGCUUCUGAUGCCUGCCUGGUGUUUGUCAACGCCUGGUCUUCAGAGGGAUACGAUCGACCAGCCGUCUACGAUGAUUACUCUGAUAACUUGGUCCUCUCUGUUGCUGAGCAGUGCAACAACACCAUUGUUGUGAUUCAUAACCCGGGCGUACGCUUGGUUGAUAACUUCUCCGACCAUCCCAAUAUUACCGCAAUCGUGUAUGCGCACACACCAGGUCAAGACUCUGGUGCCGCGACAGUGGCACUACUAUAUGGCGACGAGAACUUCUCCGGAAAGCUUCCAUACACAGUCCCAAAGAAUGUCAGCGAUUAUGGGCCACUGCUUGGUCCGGAUUUGCCUGAGGGCGACUACCUCAACUACCCGCAAAGCGAUUUCUCAGAAGGAAUUUUCAUCGACUACCGUGGAUUUGAGGCCAGAAACAUAACACCACGGUAUGAGUUUGGAUACGGCUUGUCGUAUACAACUUUCGAGUAUGAUUCGUUGUCAGUCAGCAAGACCAAGAAAGCAGAAGACGCCGAUAUCUAUCCUUCCGGGCCAAUCGAGCAGGGUGGCCAGAUUGAUUUGUGGGAUGUUUUGGUGAAUGUUGAAUUCACAAUUAAAAACACUGGCAAGAUCACCGGAAAGGAGGCAGCCCAGCUUUACCUUGAUACUCCUUCCGGUGCCAGACAGCUCCGUGGCUUCGAAAAACUGUCACUCAAGCCGGAUGAGACAGAUUCUGUGAUACUUCCUUUGACACGUCGGGAUCUGAGCGAAUGGGAUGUCGCAGCUCAGAAGUGGAAAUUGAUUAAGGGCAGUAUUGGAGUCUAUGUGGGUGCCAGUUUCAAAGAUGUGAGACUGCAAGGCACACUAGAUAUUUGA